ACAAACGUGGUCAUUUCAGCCCAUCUUCAAAUUCCAUCCGUCACCGUGCGCACUGCCGAUUUUCAGAUCAGACCUUCUCGACGGAGAAAAGAAUUAACACGAGCUUGCUGCGGCUCCUUAAAUUAUUAAUCAUGGCGAGUCUUGGUCGAUUAAGGUCGAUUUCGAGAAGCCUUACGAUGCUGUCAUCGGCACCUUUGCGCAUUUGUGUUGUUGGUAGCGGGCCUGCGGGAUUUUAUACAGCUGAAAAGCUUCUGAAGACGCACGAAAGUGUACAAGUUGAUAUAAUUGAUCGGUUGCCUACGCCCUUUGGUUUAGUGCGGUCUGGUGUUGCGCCUGAUCAUCCAGAAACGAAGGUAGUGAUUAAUCAAUUUUCUCGGGUUGCUCGUAAUGAACGAUGCUCAUUUCUUGGGAAUAUAUCUGUGGGAUCCUCCGUAACUUUACGUGAACUACGGGAGAUUUAUAAUGCCGUGGUGCUUGCCUAUGGUGCAGAAAGUGACAGAUCUCUUGGCAUACCUGGGGAGAAUUUGGGUGGUGCAUACGCUGCUAGAGAGUUUGUUUGGUGGUAUAAUGGCCAUCCCGACUGCAGGUAUCUUAACCCAGACUUGAAAAGUACUGAUACGGCUGUAGUUCUGGGUCAGGGUAAUGUGGCUCUUGAUGUUGCACGAAUUCUUUUAAGACCCACUGAGGAACUGGCAAGAACAGACAUUGCCACCCAUGCAUUAGCUGCUUUAGAGGAUAGCUCGAUUAGAAAAGUUUAUUUGGUUGGAAGACGUGGACCGGUACAGGCGGCCUGUACUGCAAAAGAACUACGAGAAAUUUUGGGGAUUAAGAAUUUGAGCAUCCAUAUCCCACAAGCAGAUCUUGUCACUACUCCUGCUGAUGAGAUAGAAAUGAAGAAUAGCAGGAUCAGGAAGCGGGUGUAUGAAUUGCUCUCUAAGGCUGCUACAGCCAGGACUGCUUCGGUACCCGGUCAGCGUGAACUUCACUUUGUAUUCUUCCGCAAGCCAGACAGUUUUUUUGAGUCGGAUCAUAAGAAUGGUCAUCUUGGUGGGGUUCGCCUUGAGAAGACUAUACUUAAAGGAGAUGCUAAAUCAUCGAACCAGGUUGCGUUUGGGACUGGGGAGUAUGAAGACUUAAACUGUGGCUUAGCGCUGAAGAGCAUUGGUUACAAAUCCAUAGGUGUCGAUGGUCUGCCCUUUGAUAACAGGAAAGGAAUUGUUCCAAAUGAAGGAGGCCGUGUAUUAGCUGAUCCAGAAAAUGACACGACGUACGAACCAGGCUUAUAUGUGUGUGGAUGGUUGAAGAGAGGACCAACUGGAAUUAUUGGUACAAACAUUUAUUGUGCCGAAGAAACUCUUGCAUGCAUCUCAGACGACAUUGUGAAAGGAGUAUUAACAUCCAAACAGCAAAAACCGGGAAGGCAAGGACUUAUGGAAUUAUUAGACAGUAGGAACAACAAAGUUGUGCCUUUUGAUUCAUGGGAAAAGAUCGAUCUUGAAGAGAGAAGGCGUGGGGAUUUGAAGAACAAACCCAGAGAAAAGCUUGUGACAUGGGAAGAGCUACUGAAUGUUGCCAUUGCAUAAGGCAGCUUCAUUCGUAAAAAGUUAAAGCGGAACCCCAAGCAGAAUUUUCACGGAACUGGAUGGACAAGAUUUUGAUUGAAUAUCGUGGUCAGGUUAGUUUCUAAUUUUACGCCACAAGUAUUGUUUUGGGUUUUAGCGGUUCUCCAUGUUUGAAUUAAUGCACAUGUUAGGUGAAAAUUCACGAUGAAAACCAUUGUGUUUAUUAUUAUAGCCCGGUCUAUGAUAGCUAAACUUUAGCCUUUUGACUCAUUGGUUAUAGAUGUUUUCGUAAUAGAGAUGAACCUACAUGACGAAUUUUAUGCACAAUUAAUUUGAAUGUGAUGUUACCAUUUACUUUUA